CCAAAUUCGGAUUCGUUCCACCGUUCUGUUGUGCUCGUUCCUCGUUUUACUACUUAAAAAAAUAUUUUAAAAACAAAAACAUAUAUGAUUAUUCUGCAAGCUGGACUCAGUUUACAAAUAUGGAAAAGAGUGAAGAAAAGAAACAAAUUGAUCAGAAUAAUGAUGUGAAUAUUAUUUCAGAUAUAUUGUUAAAUCUUCAAUUACUUGACAUAGAUGAGAAUAUCGAAACAAGUGAAAACGUUAAAAUAAUCGAUGAGGAUGCUAGUGAGCCACUUGACAAGGCAGUUUGCAUGGUUAAAUUUAGUCAGAAAAAUAAACUUAAAGAUGAGGAUGCGUUUUGUACGUGUAAGCCUGUGCAUGAAGAAAAACGACUUGUUGGGGAGAUGUGUCCUUACUGCCAAUUGUUAAGGUGUAAUCUUAAUACAACAAAAGAAAAGAACAUUGAUCUAAACAAUGAAUAUUUUAAUAAUGCUAUUUCACAAAGUCAAACUUUACUGCAAGAAUCAUCUAGUUGGCUCAUGGAUGUAAAAACUCCAUCAUUGAAAAAGACAUUUGAUGAGACAAUUUUGUUUCAAAAAGUAACGUUUCAAAAUAGAUCAGAUCAAAAAAUAUUAAACGAUAUUGCUGUAACAGAUUUAGAAAGUAAGGAUUCUAAACGUGCUUUCAACAGCCUUCCCAGUGAAAUACUUUUAAAGAUCUUUUCGUUUUUUACACAACGAGAAUUAUGUCGGUAUAUUGCACCUGUGUGUUCCAUGUGGUUUCAACUAGCAAAGGACCCAUCUUUUUGGUCUGUUAUCAGUGCUGCUGACUACGGAGAUGUUCGAAGCGAGCUGCUUAUUGAUGUUAUUGUGUCUUGGUGUAAACAGCUCUCAAGUCUUGAAUUAAAUCGCCGUCCUGAGAUUACUGUUGCAGAAUUUCAUGAACUGUUUAAGAAUUGUCCUCACUUGAAACACAUAUCUUUUGCGUUUUGUACACAAGUUAACAACGAGAUUUUACAAUUGUUGUCUACCUAUUGCAAAUCGUUGCAUUCUGUAAAUUUAGAAGGGUGUGGUCAAAUCAGCGACCAAUCUUUCUACAGCUUCGUUGGAUUACCCAUUGAUAGAGUUUAUGUUUCGCAUUGUAACCAACUCAGUGAUGAGGGAGGGAUAUUUUUAGCCCGAAAUUUUAAAAAUUUAACUGAAGUUGAUUUUGAUGGAAUACAGUGGAUAACUGAAGACUUUGUUAAAAUGUUGGUUAAUAAACACUGUGGAACAUUGAGAAAGGUUUAUUUAGAUGGGGAGAAUUUAGGAGAUGACUGUGUACAUUUGUUUUCAAAAUGUGUGCAAUUGAGCACUCUGAGUUUUUCAUUUUGUACCAACAUGACUCACGUUGCUUUGGAAUGGAUUGGAGAGUGUACAAAGUUGAAGCACCUAAAGAUUAGAAAAGGCGCAAACUUCACGCAGGGAUCUCUAUUGAAAUAUCUAAAAAACCUAACUGAUGAACAAGCCUCUGAAUUUAAGUAUCUCAAUUUAUCAGAGUGUAGCGAAAUAUCUGAUGAAUGUUUGUUUUUUCUGGGAGAAAAAUGCAGAAAUUUAGAAGUACUAGACCUAUCAUGGUGUUGGGAAGUUUCUGACGACGGGCUUGCAUUUAUAAUUGACAACUGCCAUGAGUUGAAAGAACUUCAUUUGCGAGGUUUGCAUGAAUUAUAUGGAAGUUCGUUUUCAAAAAUCUCAACAAGUUUACCCAAGCUGACAUUUCUAGAUUUAAGUCAGUGUAACAAAGUGCAGGAUGAAUUGAUAGAAUGUGUUGUCAAGAAGAUGAAAACUUUGGUUAUUCUCAAUUAUUACGGGGAUGUUGUUGUCAACAUACUCCAUCGGAGAGCUCAUCUUUUAACAUGAUCAAAUUUAGUCGCUUUUUCUAUGUUUUUUCUUCUGCAAAAAGGUAUUUAUAGUGGGUUGUUAUAUAUCUUGUGAUGGAGUGAUAUCAUAAGAGUGCUCAAUACCAUAACUAAAGCAUAAAGAAUGUAUUAGAUUUUUGAUGCGAGAUGUAGAACUUAUUUUUGCGAUGUUGGCCCCUAUUCGUGAAAUUAAUUUUCGCAAAAUUUUCAAAAGUUAUUAGAUCCUAAAAAUAUAGAGAAAUCUUGAAGACGGAAGAAAAAAACAUUUUUUUUUUCAAAAUAACUUUCAUGAAUCGGCUUCUUAGGUUGCUUCGCGUGCGAUGAACUUUCGCGAAUACGCAUGUCUUUCGCGGUACUUCCGCGAAAAAGGCCAAAAAACACGAAAACGAAAAUUUUUUUUUUUCACUUCUCGCUUGUUCACCCGCUUAAAGGCUCGUACAAUAUGUAAAUGACAACAUACAACAACUCGAAAUUAAAAAAACUCAAAUAAUUUUUUCCUGCAAGCAUUUCUUCGCCAUGAAAGUUAAAGUCGAGCGCGUUAUAUUUCUUGCAAAAGCAUGGUGCAAAAACAAUACAGCUAAAUUAAGGUUUUUUUUUAAAAAAUCGUGCUCGUCAAAAUGGUGGUUACAAGACGCAGUAUGGAUAAACAAAGAAAAUCCUGGUUAUUUCUUGUUAUUUUAUGAAAACUGAAUUACAGUUGACUCUCCCUAAUUCGAAUUCUUAAGGGGAAAAUUUUUGUUUAAAUUAUGGAGCGAUUCGAAUUAUAGAAAGUAAUUCGAACUUUAAGCUUCAGAGAGUGAAAAUUUGAAUUGCAGAAAGAAAUUAAAUUGCAGAAAGAAAUUACGUUAAUUUCCAAAUCAAGAAAACAUAAUUCAAGUUUCAUUCAAUUUUUUUAUAGUUUACACAAAAAAACUAUUAAAAAACUGUUGAAUAUUUGAUUGCUUUACAUCGGAGAGACGAUCUCUUUCGACAAUACGAUUUGCAUCAACAAGUACAAAAAAUAACGUUCCAAAGACAAUUUUAAAAUUUUUGAAAAACAUUUGUCAAAACAUUUGUCAAAGCCCACUUUACACUCUAAAAUUCCAAUUAGGGAGAGAAUCGUGCUGGAGAGACUGAAAAACUUCGAAUUAUAUAAAGUUUCGAAUUCGACAAAUUCGAAUUGUAGGAAAUUUUUUAUAAGAAUUUCUUACGUAAAAUUGACGGUGACUGAGCACUCGUUCAAAUUAUAGAAAUAUUUGAAUUAUAGAGAUUCGAAUUAGAGGGAGUCAACUGUAAUUUCACUCUUUUUAGUUAAUUUAUUUGUUUUGUAUAUAUAAGAUGUUUAUAUGAUUGUAAAUAUAUCUUCAGUGAUUUUUGAUAGGUUUUUAAUAUUACUUACUGUUUUAACUCUACAAUUACUACAUUCGGAUUGUACUGAGAAACGAUAGAUUUAUAUAGACACUAUGUGAUUUAGUAGAUUUCUGGUAAAUCCUAAGAAAGAAAACACUUCAAAUUAACAAACGUUUGAUUUAAGAAUCGAGCAAAAACUGCCCAAAGUUGAACCGCCAUAACCCCUAAGGACUUAAUUGUCACAGAAAGUGCUUCCCAUGUUACAGAAAUAGGCUACUUAGGGACUACUAAGUCCCUAAUUUACUAGAAAAAAAGGUUUG